AUGACAGUCGGUGAUAUGGAUAAAGUAGAAAUCUUCGAUGCAGAUGGCAAGGGCAGAGGGUUGAAGGCCAAGCAAGAUCUUCUGAGUGGGGAUGUGGUAUUUGCUGAGCCAGCAUAUGCUGCGGUUGUGUUUGACAACCUCAUAUACGAAGUGUGCCACAGCUGUUUCAAGAAGCAAGCUAAACUCCAGCGCUGUGGACAGUGCAAGUUUGCACACUACUGUGACCGGACCUGUCAGAAAGCAGCAUGGACCGAGCACAAGAAUGAAUGUGUUGCCAUCAGGAACUAUGGCCAGCCCACCAAUGAGACUGUCAGACUGGCUUCCCGUAUUUUGUGGCGAAUGGCGAGAGAGGGAGACAAUGUUUCUGAAGACCGCCUCUCAUCCCUUGCGGAUCUCCAGGACCAUGUGGAUGACCUGAGUGAGGAAGAGAAGAGACAGCUCAUGUCAGACGUUGAAGUUUUGCACAAGUAUUGGCACUCAAACAAUCAGCACUUUGACAGUCAAUCCAUAGCCCAUAUAUUUGGAGUGAUAAACUGCAAUGGCUUUACCAUCAGUGACCAACGUGGAUUGCAAGCUGUGGGAGUUGGAUUAUUUCCAAACCUCUGUCUUGUAAAUCAUGAUUGCUGGCCAAACAGCACUGUUAUACUGAACAAUGGCAAGUGA